GGAAGCCCAUGUCUAUAUGUCUUCUUAGGCAGAGUGCUCGGAACGCGGCCUCCCUGGCCAUCCCUCAAUUGCCGACGCCAUGUCGACCGCGACCACCUCUGAGCGGAGGACCACAGUCCUGUCCACCAUGACCGGGCCUCAGCCACGCUCCUGGUUGGACAGGAUCGAAGAGAGCCCGAACAGGCGCAAGAUCGAGGUGGGCCUCAUCACCAGCAUCUGCCUGGUGCUGCUCAUCGUGCUCGCGCUCACACUCUUCGUCGUACUCACCAUCAACACCACCCCCGUGAGCAAGGCUCCCCUUAACCUGCACAACGCGGUGUUUUGUGAAAACGCCACAUGCUUCGAGCAAGCGCGUCGCGUCAUGGGCUACGUGGAGUGGAGCCGCGAGCCGUGCGACGAUUUUUACACGUACGCGUGCAAGGGGUACCACGUGAGCGUGGCGCACUCGGCCUCCAAAUACCCCAUCACACAAGGAGCUCAGGACACGCUGCGGGCGGCCGUCGAAGACGUCCUCGCCAACUGGCACGCCGACAUGAAGCCCUCGGACAACUUCUAUCUUCGCUACGGCGUCAGUCUAUUCCAGGAGUGCAUGCAGGGCGUGAGCGACUCCAAAGAACAGCUGCUGAGUUUGUUUGCGGACAUGACGUACAACCACAAGCCGUUCUUCCUGCCCAAGAGCUUUGACCUGGAGCCACACACGCUAGCUUCGCGCGUGGGCCGCAACUUCUGGUUCUUCCCGCUCAUCACUGUCCGCAAAGACGUGGACCUCGAGAACCGGCAGCACAUCAUCGUGCACCUGGACGAACCUCAGCUGACGGCGCCCAAGGCGCUUUUCGAAGAUCCCGAGUUCCAAAAAGACUACUUGAAGGCUAUGCGCGACUUGUCCAUCUCCUUGGGCUUCGACAACGUGAACGAGACCUUACGCAUCUUCAAGCUGGAACAGAUGCUCGCAAGGGGCACCACACACCUGAGGGCCCGCGUGCCAUUCUACAAGAAGGUCAAGCUGGGCUCGCUCUUCCUCGACAAGUGGAACAUCUACAUGUACCUGAGCAACGUGCUGGGCGAAAACAUGUCCCCCGAAGACGAGGUGGCACUGCGCUCCGAGAAGUACUUCACUCGCUUUCUGAAAGCUCUCAAGACAACCGAGUGGGGCACCGUGAACAACUACAUCGUGUUCCGGUUGGUUCAGUUCCUGAGUCCCCUGCUCCUCUCCAAAGAUUCCAAGGUCCUGCAGUUUAUGUACAAGUACGGUCACGCACUGCGGCCUCCGCCUUCCAAGCGGACCCGCUGCCUGGACGCGCUAGAGCCAUACUUCAAGCCGCUGCUGCUCACGGCCGCCAAGAUCACCUUCAGGGACACUGAGAUCAAGAGGGCCGAGGCCAGCCGAGCCAUCGCCAACCUAAAGGAAUCAUUCAAGCGGAUGUCCGUGAAGUCGUUUUAUCCGCACACGGAGCAGAGCACGCUCAACAACAAGUUGCGCAGAAUGCGGAUCUACUAUUUCUACCCUUACGAAACCAAGGAAUACCAGUACAUGAAGCAGUGGUACCGUUCUUGGAAAAAGCUGCAGUACAAGUACGGCCAGAUUGUCAAGAGCUUCAGGAACGCAGGCUUCGAGUUCGCCAAGUCCCAGGCGCACAAGACCCUGCAGGACUUUGAGUGGAAGGGCUCUGUGUUCCAGCAGGACCCGUACUAUGACGCCGAUAACAACGCGCUCUACAUCCCGGCCAGCCUGUUCGAGCCGCCCUUGUACUACGGCGACAGUUUCUUGCCCUUCUCGAUCCCCAUGUAUGGCUGGCGCAUCGGCACCAAGAUGUUCCAGGCCAUUGACUACCGAGGUCGGACCAUCACGGACAGUGCACAGUACCGCAACUGGUGGGGAGAGACGCUGAUGGCGCGCUACGCCGAAGUGGAAAAGUGCUUCCGCAACGCGCACGGCUCCCUGAAGCUGGCCGACGACUCUGAGCUGUACGAUCACAUCGCGGACAGCGCCGUCGUCAUCGUCCUCUUCAGGGAAUACAAGCGGGUGGUCGAGAAGCGGGUUGGACCCAACCGGGACAUCCGCCUCAGGGACAUCAAGCACUUCUCCGGAGACAACCUCUUCUUUCUGUCGCUAGCACAUGGCGUGUGCACGCGGAUCUUCUCGGACGCGGCGCAGGUGGAGAAGAAAGGCGGCAAGCGGGUCGCCCAGGAGCGGCUCAACAUGGCGCUCACGCACUGGCCCAUGUUCAAGAGCCUUUAUCAGUGCUCGUCCGGGGCGCGCAUGGUGCCCCAGCGGAGAUGCAUGUUUUGGUAGCCAGAAUACAUGAAACCUGUGUGUGCGUUGUGUCAUCAA